UUUCAUCUGGAACAGAUCGCAUUCAGUGGCUUAUCAGUGGCAAGAGCAGUGGCUUCCGAAAUGUUUACCAAAUCCUUGGCUUACUUGGCGAUCUUCGGCCUCUUUUGGGGCUCGAUUUCCGGCACAGCAGUGGAUAAUUUCGGGUUGUAUGGCGCUUCGGGGGUUUCCACCACGGAACGAAACAACGCGGAAAUGCGUUGCAUGAGCAUCAAUUCGCAGAAUUCGGUGGAUUUGGAACAGAUAAUGGGACUCUGGUACGGCAGCGAGAUCAUCGUGCACAGCCAAGACUUUCCGGGAACCUACGAGUACGAUUCUUGUGUGAUCAUUCACCUGGCCGAUGUAACUGAACAGAUUCGUCUUAGCCAAUCGAAUCGCGGCUAUGGCUAUGGACCUCAGGAUUACAACAGGAAUCAGAACAACUACGGACGCACCACUACCACCACCCAAUCCUCCUAUCUGGACAGCGAUGAGUACCAUCUGAGAUCCAAUCAGCAGGGCCAGCAGAGGUAUUUGCGUUUGGUGUGGAGCGAGCGAGACAAUAAUCUGGAGUACACCUUCAACUACACCACCAAUCAGCCGAGCAAGUGGUCCAACAUCGGCGAUCAGCGAGGAUCAUUGGUGGCCCUCAACACAUACACCCAAUUCACGGGAACCGUACAGGUGGUAAAAGCUGUCAACGAUCACCUGGUACUCACCUUCUGCGGCAACGAUGUCAAGAGCUCUAUCUACACGGUGGUCCUCACCCGCAAUCGCCUGGGCCUAAGUUCAGAUGAGCUGCGCAGCAUCCGGAAUCUGCUGUCCCGCCGAGGACUCUACACGGAGACCAUUCGCAAGGUCUGCAAUGGAUGUGGACAGCUGGGCGGCAGCCUCUUCGCUCUCUUCGCCCUUCUGCUGGUUAUCCGCCUGGCCUGGGGGCGUGGCCAGUGAAUCGCUGGAGGGGGAACGCCAGAUCGCCGAUCUUCAGCCGGCGUAUUUAAUGAGUCCAGCCAUAUUACGUUAAUUUAUGUAUAAAUUUCUUAAGCAAUACAGUGGCGAGAUCGCCGAAUGCACUCCCCGAAAACUAA